GUCGGGUCCGGGAGCUCGGAUGCGUUCCCCUCCAGCUCCUCCUCCACCUGCCCUGGCACCUGUAGCACCUCCACCCCGCCCUCCUCCUGUCCUGCCCCCAGCCGCCCCCAUUCAGACGCCACCCAGCCAGGCCAAGUCACGGGGGUGCAGCGUCGUCACACAGACCGUCAGUGCAUACGUGAUUCUAGAUGAAAGGGGUAAUAAGAUCUGGAUUUGUCCAGGAUGUAAUAAACCUGAUGACGGCAGUCCCAUGACCGGAUGUGACGAGUGUGACGACUGGUAUCACUGGCCAUGUGUGGGUUUUUUAGCCGCCCCUCCGGAUGACCAGUCGUGGUUCUGUGUGAAAUGCGCUGGCAAGAAGAAAGACAAGAAGACAAAAAAAAGGAAACUCGAAGCGCACUGACCUACAUUUCUUUUUUUCUUUUUUUUCUCCUGUCUCCGUGCUCAUCUGUUUUCGCCUUAACACUAUUUUGCUGCAUUUGUCUGUUUUUUUUGUUUUUUUUGUUGUUUUUUCACCCAGCCCUUCUUUUAACUUGGUUAACUUAACUCAGUGUCCGGUAUCAUAAUGUAUUUUUUAAAAAUGAAAAUUUCAAAUGUUGUAUAUGUUACUUUUUUAUGUGGAGGAUCGUACAGUAUGUCUAUAUGAUCUUUGUACCGAGCUCAUGAUUGUUCAGUAGAUGUGUGUUGAAAUGAACCUCUCAGUUCGCCCUCGUUUAAAGGUUGUUCCAUGUUAUGUGCUCAUUCAUCAAAUCACCCAGGAGAAGAAAAAAAAAACGUUCUGUACUAUAAUCUGCCUUUUAAUAUCG